GCCCUCGGAGUAGCUUUCGGAUCAGAGGAAGUCCUGCUCUUACAGUGACAGGUGCUGAAUUAAAUUCCCAGGUUGGGGCCACCACUUUUUAGUCUGACCCCUGCAGCGCGAGUCUCCCAAAGGCCUUGGGAACUCGGCAGCGGAGAGAAGGCUGAGGGAUUCCGCGGGGAGGGAGGAGAAGGGAGAAGAGCUUUGCUCCGUUAGGAUCUGGCUGGUGUCUCAAGCGCACAGCCAAGUCGCUGUGGACCUAGCAAGGGCUGGAUGGACUCGUGGAGCCUCAGGGCGGGUCUGAGCCCCUCUCGGUUGAGGCCUGUCUGCAGAAUCCGCACCAACCGGCACCAUGCCCAUGACACUGGGAUACUGGGACAUCCGCGGGCUGGCCCACGCCAUUCGCCUGCUCCUGGAAUACACAGACUCAAGCUAUGAGGAAAAGAAGUACACAAUGGGGGACGCUCCUGACUAUGACAGAAGCCAGUGGCUGAAUGAAAAAUUCAAGCUGGGCCUGGACUUUCCCAAUCUGCCCUACUUGAUUGAUGGGGCUCACAAGAUCACCCAGAGCAACGCCAUCCUGCGCUACAUUGCCCGCAAGCACAACCUGUGUGGGGAGACAGAAGAGGAGAAGAUUCGUGUGGACAUUUUGGAGAACCAGACCAUGGACAACCAUAUGCAGCUGGGCAUGAUCUGCUACAACCCAGAAUUUGAGAAACUGAAGCCAAAGUACUUGGAGGAACUCCCUGAAAAGCUAAAGCUCUACUCAGAGUUUCUGGGGAAGCAGCCAUGGUUUGCAGGAAACAAGAUCACUUUUGCAGAUUUCCUCGUAUAUGAUGUCCUUGACCUCCACCGUAUAUUUGAGCCCAAGUGCUUGGACGCCUUCCCAAACCUGAAGGACUUCAUCUCCCGCUUUGAGGGCUUGGAGAAGAUCUCUGCCUACAUGAAGUCCAGUCGCUUCCUCCCAAGACCUGUGUUCACAAAGAUGGCUGUCUGGGGCAACAAGUAGGGCCUUGAAGGCCAGGAGGUGGGAGUGAGGAGGCCAUACUCAGCCUGCUGACCAGGCUGUGGAGCGCAGCUGAACUCUGCAUCCCAGCGCUGCCUCCUCAUUCCUUUCUCCUGUUUAUUCCCAUCUUUACCCCCAAGACUUUAUUGCCCCUCUUCACUUCCCCUAAACCCCUGUCCCAUGCAGGCCCUUUGAAGCCUCAGCUACCCACUUUCCUACAUGAACAUCCCCUCCCAACAUUACCCUUCCCUGCACUAAAGCCAGCCUGACCUUCCUUCCUGUUAGUGGUUGUGUCUGCUUUGAAGGGCCUGCCUGGUCCCUCGCCUGUGGAGCUCAGCCCCGAGCUGUCCCCGCGCUGCAUGAAAGAGCAGCAUUGACUGGUUUACAGGCCCUGCUCCUGCAGCGUGGCCCCUGCCUUAGGCCUACCUGAUGGAAGUAAAGCCUCAACCACA